GUGCCGCGGGGCCGCGCUAGCACCUGGCGGGAGGUGGAGGCAAGCGUCCGCAGCCGGGUGCUGAGCCGCUCGCCCCGCGCCCCCCGCCCCGGGGGCGUCCACGCCUCACUCUCCGCUCCGGGGGAUCCCUGGAUCCCGGGCCGGAGAUCCUGGCGCUACCUGGCCGGAUCCCGGGCGCUCCUCCCGGCGUCCCGGAGCUCGGGACGGAGCCCGGGCAGCCCCAUGGCCCCCAGAAUUCUCGGAGGGUUCCAGUGGAGCGCCUGCGUCAGAAUCACCUGGCGGGUUUGCAAAAGCCCCGGAGCCGGGGCCCCGCCUCGUGCCGGUGGCUCCGGCGCCGGGGCCCGGGAACGUGCAUUCCGAUGAGCCGUCCCGGUGGUCCCGCGCGGGCGCCCGACUCUGGGGAGCGGCCCGAGCGGUGGGGGGGGCUCCGCGCGGGCGGCAGGCGCUCGGCCUCGCCGAGUCGGGGUCCGAGCGGGCGCUGGCGCAGGGCCCUCGGGCUCCGCGGGGCCAGCGUCCGUGUGGCGGUUCUCGGGCCGGGCUCCGGCGGAGGCGGCCGCGCUGACCCCGCGACGCCCGCGUCCCGACGGCUGCACCUGCUUUCACAACCCGACGACUUUCUUCCCAGGAGGACCCCGUUCUGGAGCGGUAUUUUAAGGGCCACAAAGCUGCGAUCACGUCCGUGGACUUCAGUCCCAACGGCAAACAACUUGGAAGGAUCACUAACCGCUCCGUACAACACUAAGGGUGAAGAAUGUAUAAAAGUCCUGUGAACAUCUGUGAUACCAUCGGUGAACCGUUUCGCAAUGAGCGAUGUCAGUGCCCGCCAGGCCGCCUCUCUGUUCUGCUCAGCUACUGCUUCUUGGGAUACGUUCCUCAUGCUAUGGAAUUGCAAGCCACAAGCUAGAGCUUUCAGAUAUGUGGGUCACAAGGAUGUGGUAACCAGCGUGCAGUUUUCCCCACUUGGAAACUUACUGGCAUCUGCUUCAAGAGACAGAACCAUUAGACUCUGGAUUCCUGAUAAGAGAGGAAAAUCCUCUGAAUUUAAAGCUCAUACAGCUCCAGUUCGAAGUAUAGACUUUUCAGCCGAUGGCCAGUUUCUAGCUACAGCUUCUGAAGACAAAUCUAUCAAAGUAUGGAACAUGUAUCGCCAGCGUUUCUUGUAUUCCUUGUACCGACAUACCCACUGGGUACGCUGUGCCAAAUUUUCACCUGAUGGAAGGCUAAUUGUAUCAUGUAGUGAAGAUAAAACUAUUAAAAUUUGGGAUACCACAAAUAAGCAGUGUGUUAAUAACUUCUCAGAUUCUGUAGGGUUUGCAAAUUUUGUGGGUUUUAACCCUACUGGUACAUGCAUAGCUUCAGCAGGUUCUGAUCAUACCGUGAAAAUCUGGGAUAUAAGAGUAAACAAAUUGCUCCAGCAUUAUCAAGUUCACAGCGGUGGAGUUAAUUGUGUAUCAUUCCAUCCUUCGGGUAACUAUCUCAUCACUGCGUCUUCAGAUGGCACACUUAAGAUUCUGGAUCUCUUAGAAGGAAGACUUAUAUACACACUUCAAGGACAUACGGGACCUGUCUUUACUGUUUCAUUUUCAAAAGGUGGAGACCUAUUUAGCUCCGGAGGUGCAGAUGCACAGGUCUUAUUAUGGAGGACUAAUUUUGAUGGCUUGAACUGUAAAGACAUUAUUAAAAGAAAUCUCAAAAGAUUACAUUUUGAUUCAUCACCACAUCUUGUUGAUAUAUACCCAAGAACACCACAUCCCCAUGAAGGAAAAAUGGAGACUGUUGAAAUUAAUCCAAAGCUUGAGGUAAUCGAUUUGCAGACUUCUUCUCCCCCUGUUAUGGACAUCCUUUCUUUUGAUUCUACUACAACAACAGAUACCACUGUUAGAACCUUAGCAGACAAAGGUGAAGAGAUCAACAGUUAUUUCUUGAACCCUUCUUUAUUGUCAUCGGAAUGUUCACCAACAACCUCGAAAAAGAAAACAGAAGACACGAGUGACUUCCCUUCUGAGAGCCAGAGAAGCAUACCACUCGCCGUGACCGAUGCUUUAGAGCACAUCAUGGAACAACUCAGUGUUUUGACACAGACUGUUUCAAUCUUGGAGCAGCGACUGACUUUGACAGAGGAUAAGCUGAAAGACUGCCUUGAAAAUCAGCACAGGCUUCUCAGUGCUAUCCAGCAGAAAAGCUAAAUAGAAAAGUAUGAGCAGAGGCAUGAUAAACGAACACGUGUACGUAGGCUCGGGAAGGUAGUACGAGACGCUCCCUUCAUGCAACACAACCACGUGCUGAUUAUAAUGAUCAUGGCAUCUCUUAAAAGGGUGAGCAACAGAACCAAAGGCAGAAAAGGCACAAUUAACGACCAAUUUAAACACACAAAUCAACGUCAAGGACUAAUUCAAAUCAUUACUGAUUAUAAUUGCAGUAAUAAAGUGGUAAGUAUUCAAGUGGCUCUA